CGUGACAGCUUUUGGGUGUGGUCCACUGUGUGCAAUAAAAGCGAUACGAUUUUUUAUUAUUUUUCUACUUGAACACCUAACCGAAAGUUCUAUUCUCUUCUCCGACUUCGAGCGUCGCCAAAAUACCAGGAAUUUCGUCUUAUUCAUCAACAUGCUUUAAAACCCCAUAAGCUGCUAAUACAGGAAAAAUUCAUCGAGCAUGGAAAAUAAUUCUACGACUGACGAUCCUGGUGCAGUUGACGCGAUACUGGAAUCGAAAAUUUUCGGUGAUAUACUAGUAUGGCACAUUUUAUCGAUCAUUUGCUGCACCAUACUGAUAAUUCUGAUAUUCUUAUGCUGUUGUAUAAGCUUUCGAAUUCCUCGAACGAAGCAAGAAAUAGAAGCGGAUUAUGUUCGAAAACAAAUUGCUAAAAAAUUUCGCAAACAAUUGAAUUUGAUUCCGGAUGGUGAAAUGGAUGAAAUGGAUUUAACAAAAGCUGUUGAACGAGUCCGGUUUGAAUUAAUGACCGAUGAAGAGAAAGACGCUGAAUUACGAGCUAAAGAAAAAACGUGUCAUUUUCGAGAAGAUUUCAUAAAUGAAAAAUCACAAACACAGGAUAAAACCUCCAUUAGCAGCGACCCUUUGAAUACAGGAACAUCUGAAGAAAAAUUAAUGGAUGAUGAUAAAAACAAUACUCAAUUUAACAAUAAAUUUGUCACUAUUGUGAAUGCUUUCAAUGUAUUAAGAUCAAAAAAAUCUUCCAAACAAAUUACAGUCUAAAUUAUAGGCAAAUAAGUUUUAAUUUAACGUGUGUUCAAAUAAAAAUCGUAGACAAUUUGUAGAUUUUUUUAAAAUGCACUAUUUUGAUAGUAUUUUUAGAUGAUUUUUAGAGGUGCAUCACAAUUUUAUAAAUUUUAUGUAGACUUUUAUAGAUACGGUAGUCAAAUACGUGUAUUUCUAUUCUUUUUUCUUAAUAAAAACAAUACUCAGCUCGAAAAUGUAUUCUAAUUAUUGUGAUUUUAUUCCAACUUGAGAUAAUUACAUUUAUUAUUCGUGU